CGCCCAGGGACUUCCGGCGGCACACCCACUUCCCUUAAUAGGAAAGAGUCCGGUGCCCCGAGGGGCCGGCGUCGCUCAGGGGUGGGGCUGGGAACCUUAGGGCGCGACCGCCCCGGGCGCAGCCACAGCCGCCUCCGAGCGGCAGGAGGGAGCGGAAGGUCGCUGCGCCACAGGAGGCCACGACCCGGAGAUCCCGCGCCUCUCCUCCGACUGAGAUCUUCCUCCGCACCCCUCCGGGUACCCCUGGUCCAAACCUCACAACGAUAUGGAAGAAUUUUUGCAACGCGCCAAGUCUAAACUGAAUCGAAGCAAGCGCUUGGAGAAGGUCCAUGUGGUUAUUGGACAUAAGUCGUGUGACUUGGAUUCUCUCAUUUCUGCCUUCACAUAUGCUUACUUUCUAGACAAGGUCAGCCCCCCCGGGGUUCUCUGUUUGCCGGUGCUGAACAUACCCAGGACUGAGUUCAGCUACUUCACUGAGACAAGGUUUAUUCUGGAAGAGCUAAACAUCUCUGAGACAUCCCACAUAUUCCGAGAUGAAAUUAAUCUGCAUCAGCUGAAUGAUGAAGGAAAGUUAUCUAUAACACUCAUUGGCAGCAACGUGCUGGCGAGUGAGGACAAAGCUUUAGAAUCGGCUGUUGUCAAAGUCAUUAGUCCAGUUGAGCAGAGCGAUGCUGGGCUUGGGUUCGGCGAGUCUUCCUCCUCCCUCGUGGUGAAAGAGAUUCUCCAGGAGGCUCCCGAGCUCAUCACCGAGCAGCUGGCUCAUCUCCUCCGAGGUAGCAUCCUUUUCAAGUACAUGACCAUGGAAUCCGAGAAGAUCUCAGAGAAGCAGGAGGAAGUUCUUUCCAUCCUGGAAGAAAAGUUCCCUAGCUUACCUCCCAGAGAGGACAUCAUCACCGCGCUGCAGGAGAGCCACCCCGGGGCCCAAGGUUUAAGUAUUGAACAGACAAUGUUGAAGGACCUAAAAGAACUGACAGAUGGAGAAAUAAAAGUGGCCAUCAGUACCGUGAACGUGUCCCUGGAGAACUGUGUGUUUCACGGCAAUAUCACCAGUGACUUGAAAGCAUUUGCAGACAAGUUCGGUUUUGAUGUCCUCAUCCUCUUGGCCAGCUAUCUGUCAGAGGAGCAGCAGCCAAGACGACAGAUUGCUGUGUACUCCGAGAACCUAGAGCUGUGCAGUCAGAUUUGCUGUGAGCUGGAAGAGUGUCAGAAUCUUUGCCUAGAGCUGGAGCCCUUUGAAUGUGGCUGUGAUGAGAUCCUGGUGUACCAGCAGGAGAACCCUGCCGUGACUUGUGACCAGGUGGUUCUCCUUGUCAAGGAAGUCAUCAAUCGGAGGUGUCCAGAGAUGAUCUCCAACAGCCGGACAUCUUCCACUGAAGCUGUGGCAGGCAGCGCCCCCCUCUCCCAGGGGUCGUCUGGGAUUAUGGAGCUGUAUGGCUCUGACAUAGAGCCACAGCCCAACUCUGUGAAUUUCAUAGAAAACCCUCCAGAUCUCAACGAUUCUAACCAGGCCCAGGUGGAUGUCAACACAGACCUCGUUAGCCCAGACAGCGGGUUGGCCACCAUUAGGAGCAGCCGUUCGUCCAAGGAGAGCUCGGUUUUCCUCAGCGAUGACAGUCCAGUGGGAGAAGCUGCCGGGCCUCACCAUAGCCUCCUCCCAGGGUUUGAGUCCUACAGUCCCAUCCCCGAAGGGGCAGUGGUGGAGGAGCAUGCCCUGUCCAGAGAACAUGGGGAACACUUUGACCUCUUCAACUUUGACCGAACACCCAUGGUUUCUGGACAGUCCCAGCCAUCUUCCCAUUCUGCUGACUACUCCCCAUCAGAUGACUUCUUCCCCAACAGCGAUUCGUCAGAAGGACAGCUUCCCUUGGGGCCUAAAGGACUCAGUGGGAUGGGAAUGAACAUGUCUAAUUAUUCAUCCAGCUCGCUUUUGUCGGAGGCUGGCAAAGAUAACCUUGUGGAAUUUGAUGAGGAGUUUGUCCAGCAACAAGAAAGCCCCGGGGAUAACUCUCAAAGAAAUUCGAGCCUGACAAAUUUUGUGGGAGAGGAGUCUCUUUCUCCUGGAAAGAGAGUCCCACCAACACCUAUGAAUAGCUUUGUAGAAAGCUCACCAUCCACUGAAGACCCAGCUCUACUCUGUUCAGAAGACAUGGCCCCAAAAAUAGUCGACGCAGGUCACACAGGGCCACCUCAGCCUCGUGCGCGGUGCAGCAGCUGGUGGGGUGGUUUAGAAAUUGACUCUAAAACUAUUGCAGAUACGUGGAGCUCCAGUGAACAGGAGUCCAUCUUCCAGAGCCCCGAGUCCUGGAAAGAUCAUAAGCAAAGCCCUGUGGAUAGGAGAGCCUCCGAUUCUAUAUUUCAACCAAAGAGUCUUGAAUGCUCAAAGCCAGGUGCCUGGGAGUCAGAAUUUGGUCAGCCUGGGCUGGGCAACAAGAACAUUCAAGACCAACAUGAGGAAAGCUUGCAGUUUCAGAACCUGCCCACUGAGAAGUCACAUUUGCCAGACGCCUCUCCUCAGGGAACAAACCAUCUGAUAGAAGACUUUGCUGCUCUGUGGCGCUCAGAUCGCUCCCCCACAGCAAUGCCUGAGCCAUGGGGCAACCCCAUGGAUGGUGGUGAACCAGCUGCUACAGUGUCAUUCCCAGCCUGGGGUGCAUUUGGUAAAGAAGAUGACAUUGAGGCUCUAAAAAAUACCUGGAAUCUGCACCCAACGAGUGGGGAGUCACCUUCUGUGAGAGACCCAAAUGAGUGGGUCGUGGCAAAAAGUGGAUAUUCUUUUCCUGCAGAAGACCUGGUGGAUAGGUCGCCCCGUGAGGCAAGUAAUGAAGCAGCUCCAGAGAUCUGGGGCCAAAAGAACCAUGACUCCAGGGCUGACAUCCUCAUACCUGGAGACCCCAGGUCUGAUCCAGAUCACGCAUGGAAUAGUUCUAAGCCCACAAAGGAAGAUCAGGAUGGUGGCAUGGAUCCAAAAAUUAGGGGAAAACUCUAUGAAAAGGUAGAUUCGUGGAACCUUUUUGAGGAGAGUAUCAGGAAGAGAGGGUCAGACAUCUUAGCUCCUUGGGAAGAUUCCUUCCUGUCCUAUGAGUGUUCCGAUUACAGUGCCUCCAACAUAGGGGAAGAUUCGGUGCCUUCCCCCUUAGAUACCAACUACUCCACCUCCGAUUCCUAUACAUCACCGACAUUUGCUGGAGAUGAAAAAGAAACCGAAAAGAAACCACUUGCUAAUGAGGGAGGUUUUGAGUCAAAAGAUGCUAACUCUCCCGCGAAAGAGGCUGAAAUCCCUCCUCAGUCACCACUGCAGCCGCCUAGACAUCGAAUUAGCUCAGGUCCUGGGAACCUGGAAAUGUGGGCUCCACCUCAUGCAGAUAAUAGUUCUGAAAGAAAUGCCACUGACAACCCAGAGGAAGAGGUACUCAAGACAGAGCCCACAGAUGACAAGGACGUCUCCGUGGAGGAGGACGUUGGGGAGAGCAGCCAGUCCAGUUACGACAACCCCAGCAUGAUGCAGCUGUACAAUGAAACCAACCGGCAGCUCACGCUCCUGCACAGCAGCACCAACUCCCGGCAGGCGGCCCCCGACAACCUCGACUUGUGGAACAGAGUGAUUCUGGAGGACACUCAGUCCACUGCCACCAUCUCGGAUAACGAUUUGGACUGGGAUGACUGCAGUGCAGGUGUGGCGAUCCCUGGUGAAGGUCAAGCACAGGGACACACAGCUGAAGGUACCGAACCCGAAACCCGAUUUUCAGUGAGACAGCUAGAACCGUGGGGCACGGAGUAUCAGGAAGCAACCCAGGCAGACUGGGGACGCCCUGCUUCUUAUGAGCACAGCAAGGACACCGCUCCCAGCGAACAUCACGUGCUGAAUGAAAAGAGCGGACAGCUCAUCGCAAAUAGUAUUUGGGAUUCUGUCAUGAGAGAUAACGACAUGUCAUCAUUAAUGCGACCAGGCCCAUUGUAUGUUACAGAUUCAGAACAAAGCGGAGUGCCUCCCGAAACUCCCAGUGCAUCAGAAAAAAUUAAGGACAGUACCAUCCCAGAUGUGCUAGAAGCCUCUGGAGCCAGUGAAUCAGGAGCACUUGGUCCAGACGAGGAAAACACGUGCAGAGGAGACGUGCCAGGUGAUACGGCGGCAUCCCUGACAACCAGGCUGGAGAAUCCAGGGCAUGUUGUACGCUCAGAUCCUUGGGAAGGUCCUCGCUAUGGACAAAGUGAGGGUGAGACAGAAACCCACAGAGCUGUUGAUAGGGAUCACCUGAGCGAGGAGGGGGUGAUGGAUGGAGCCUUAGGAACUUCUGGAAAAGAGCAAGGCGACCAGGAAUGCUCUCCCCUAGUUGUAUCUGAACAGGAAGAAAUCUGCAACGAGUCAAGCAAAAUCAGCUCUCAUUCAGUAACUUCAAGUCCUCAAACUGAGGAACCCCAGGAGGCUCUAGAGCAAGAGGACGGAUCUUACAAUUCAGACCCCUGUGAUGUGCAAACAGAUGUGUCCACAGACCACCAACAGGCAGAGACCUGUGAAAAGCACCUCGUGAAUCACAGAAAUUCAGGUGAAACUACUGAAAUUUCAGAUAAGCUGACUUUAACAAAAAAUGUAUCUUUACCUGAAAUGGAUCUUGAGAUAACUGAAGAAUUUAACAUUCUGGGGCCAGAGAAAGUGAACCAAGAGCCACCUCCUGCAUGUCCCCUAAGCCUUGAUGUUUGGGAUGGCCCUACAGACAGUGAUGUGCAGGUCAGUUGCACAAGUUCUGAGAUAACUACAAAUCUUGAAGGUAAGAGUGCUGAAAACAGGCCUCCAGGACCCAGUUCUUCAGGAAAUUAUGACAGAGAGAGUGUUUCUAGUGAGUAUUCACAUUCCAGUGCAUCAAGUCCUGACCUCAAUGAUUCUUCGGCUGCACAGCUUUCUUGGGAUCAUGAACCCAAUACUGGGCGUCAGAAGGAGACUCAAGAUGACUGGAGUAAACAGAAUCACCAAGAAUCUGGACUAAUUACUGCUGAUGGCCAAGUAGAAGUAAUUACCGAAAUCAAGGACUCGGAGAAAAACAGCAUGGACAAGUUUGAAAGGAGCUUAGGUCACAAGGUUCCUACAUAUUUAGAGAUAUGGAAUGACUCAAUAGAUGGUGAUUCCUUUUCCUCUUUAUCCAGCCCUGAAACAGGCAAAUAUUCUGAAUAUUCAGGUGCAUAUCAGGAAAGAAAUCUAGUGGUUGAUGCCAAGUUCACGUCAGCAAGCUCAGAUUCCGACGAUGAUAGCGUAGGCGAUGAGGAGUCAGUGGAGGAAGAGAGCCAUUUGGUCACUUGCCAGGUUGCUCAGAGCGAACCCCAAGCUUGGGACUCAUUAAAUGAAUCUAAAUUCUUGGACAUGGAAGAUCCCAAGUCUGAGGAAUUAUCUGCCUAUGUAGGCAGUUCAGGACCAGCAGAGAAUGAGAACACAUCAAACCCAUUCUGUGACAAUCCACAGAGCAGCCCUGACCACUCUAAUUUCUCACCACUAAAGGAGACUGAAACACAGAUGAUAGCAGUAGAUAAGGAGACGAGAUCUCCAGAAACAGGGAAGACAGGAAAUAUCAUAUGGCAAAUAUCUCCCAAAACUGAACCAAAGAAUGAAAAUAAUUCUAAACUGGAAAUGCUUGACUUCCCAGCUGAGAGCACUGAGUGGUGGAAUGCAUCUCUUCAGGAAGGGCAACCAACUGAGAGGGCAUUUGAGGGGGAGCUAUCUAACUCAGGUGGUAUGCUAGAGAUGAAUUCUUCUGUAUACCAACACGUGGGUCCCUGGGGCAUACCCAUUCAGGGUGAUAUGGAAUCCAUGGACACACAUUGUACUAAUCCUUUCAGUGAUGAACAUCAGUCACCCUUUCUGGAUAGUAAUGCGGAGAACUCCCAUGAGCAACUUUGGAACAUUCAACCACGGCAGCCAGAUCCAGAAGCUGAUCAGCUUAGCCAGCUUGUAAUAUUGGACCAAAUUAAAGAAAAGGAUCCCAGAGAGCAAACUUUCAUGUCUUCUGCUGGUGACAAGCUCACUUCUGAAACACCUAGCCAAGAGCAGUGUCAUGAUGCAGUGCUGUCGGUCUGGGAUCAGCCAGACCCAGCAUUUACUCACAUAGAUGAAAAUAAAUGUGUUACAUCUAAUGUCUCAACUAUUGAGUGUCAAGAAACAAAUUGGCGGGAGGAAGAAAAAUCGUACCCCAGUGAAAUGACAAAUUCAUGCAUUGCCUCCAAAGAUUCCCCUGCUGUCAGUUCUUCUACCCAGUUGAUAAAGAAGUCAGGGGCUGAAUGGGAUGGCUCUACCCCUAGUGAGGGCCCCCAAAGCACAUUUGUCCCAGAUAUCUUACAUGGCAACUUUCAAGAGGGUGGGCAGUUGGCCUCAGCUUCGCCUGACUUGUGGAUGGAUGCUAAGCAGCCCUUCAGUUUGAAAGCAGAUGGUGAGAAUCCUGAUAUACUGACUCACUGUGACCAGGACAGCAAUUCUCAGGCUUCCAACAGCCCUGAUAUUUGUCAUGAUCAUGAAGCCAAGCAAGAGACUGGGCCGCACAUCAGCGCUAGGAUGGGACCUGAAGGGGAAGCCAAUGAGUUAUAUGUCACCGAGCCAAAGCUGGAUGAAGAACCCAGUCACGAGCCUGGGCAGGAAUUUGUUCCAUACAGUUCAGAACCAUGUUCUGAAAACAAAAUUCCACUGCCUCCCACGAGCGAUCAAGUAAACACAAAUGGCUCAUCUCAGCCUGCUGCCUCUCACAGUGGUUCUCCCGAACCUUCUGAAAUAAAUGAUGAAAACAACACAGGUAUAAAAGCAUCAGAAGAAGGAGCCGACCUAGAGAUGGCACCAAUUUGGGAGCCCAUAGACAGAACAAUCCCAAUGAUUAAAAAGGUGGGAACCGCUAUUUUUGUAACUCACCAAGAGCCAACCAUGGAUGGCAACAGUUCUUGGAUCUCAGAGGACUUUUCUCCUGAAAGUCAGAUAGGGGAAGCAGCCUUGUUGGACAUCGAGCAGCCAUUGACUGCUGGGGACCCUGCCUCAGUUCCCGACGCUCUGCUAGUCUCGGACACUUGUCUGGAUGUAAGCGAAGGCAUCAGUUUCAGUGAUGCCUCAGGUCUCAACACGUCCACAGGAACCAUAGAUGACAUGAGUAAACUGACACUAUCAGAAGGCAAUCCUGAUACGCCAGUGGAUGGGGAUGCUGGGAAGCAAGAUAUCUGUUCAUCUGAAGCCUCGUGGGGUGAUUUUGAAUGUGAUGUCAUGGGCCAAAAUAUUGAUGAGGAUUUCAUGAAAGAGCCUGAACACUUUCUCUAUGGUGGUGACCACCCCAUGGAAGAAGAUGCUCUGAAGCAAUCACUGACACCUUACACGCCUCCCUUUGAUUUGUCCUACCUCACAGAACCUGCUCGUGGUGUCAAAACCUCAGAGGAAGCUGGGACUCCGGAGGAUAAGUCUAUGGGGAGUGAAGCAGGAGAGAUGCUGCUUUCCACUCUACCUGAUCAAAGAAGCAAGGAAAGCCACACUGAGGCCCAAAUCAGCCAACCUGGGCACCAGCUGGUUGUACUGCAUAUUCAUGAAGACCCUGAGUCAGCUUCUCUUCCUGUCAGAGGUGAUUCCAACGUGGAGUUGUCUCCAUCAAACAUUGACUGGGAAGAAGAAACAGAUAAUUCAGAUUCACCAGCAGGUGGAGACAUAGGACCAUCAAACGGUGCCAGCAAGGGAAUAUUCGAGUUUGAAGAAGAAGCAGUAAUUCCUACCCAAGAGCCUGAGCAGAUUAAACCAGAAUUCGGAGAAGAAAGGAACACGGAGAAGAAUGAAGACCAUCAAGCACAACACCUGGACUACAUCCUUGUAAACCAUAAAGAAAAUUCACCCCCAGAGCCAGAGGCCUUUGAAGCAAGAGAAAGCACAUCGGAAUCGGCAGAGUUCCACGUAGGUUCCAAACAAACGGAGCUGCUAGGAACUCAAGCAGCAGACUUCCCAGACACUUGUCAGUCCGACUCCUUAAGUGAAAGACAAGAUCAUUCUGCAGAGAACAUGUCUUCUGAAGAUGAUAAGAGAUCAUCUUUUGAAAGCCCUGGGCAAGAACAGAGUUGGAUGGUCUUGGGCCAUAGUGAGGUGGGCAAUCCAUCGUCAGAAGCUAGAGACGAAGGGUCUGAGAGGGCAGUGGAGCCAGCCUCUGAUCACAACUUGGGCAUGAGUCCCCAGAUGCAGGCUCUGGGAGAAACAAAGCCUCUAGAAUCUGCAGCAAUAGAGGAGGCCUCUGGUCUGUGCAGCCAAUCUCAGAAGAGCAAGAGCGGAGGCAGGGCUGGCCCAGAUACAGUUAUGUUGCAGACUGUUGCCCAUGACAAUGAAUGGGAAAUGCUUUCACCACAGCCUUCGCAGAAAAACAUAAUCCCUGAGACAGAAAUGGAGGAGGAGACAGAGUUUCUUGAGCCCAGAACAAGGAAACCAAGACCAAAUGGACCACUGCCAGAGGAUGUAGGAAUGGACAUCCCCUUUGAGCAGGGAAUGCUGAGUCCCGGUGCUGCAGACAUGAGGCCUGAACCACCCAAUUCACUGGAUCUUAAUGACACUCAUCCUCAGAGAAUCAAGCUCACAGCCCCAAAUAUCAAUCUUUCUCUGGACCAGAGUGAAGGGUCUGUUCUCUCAGAUGAUAACCUGGACAGUCCAGAUGAAAUCGAUAUCAAUGUGGAUGAACUCGACACCCCUGACGAAGCGGAUUCUUUUGAGUACACUGGGCAUGAGAAUGCCACGGCCAACAAAGAGUCUGGCCAAGAGUCCGAGUCCAUUCCGGAGUAUACGGCCGAAGAGGAGCGGGAGGACAACCGGCUGUGGAGGACAGUGGUGAUUGGAGAACAAGAGCAGCGGAUUGACAUGAAGGUCAUCGAGCCCUACAGGAGAGUCAUUUCUCACGGAGGAGAUUCAGGAUACUAUGGGGAUGGCCUAAAUGCCAUCAUUGUGUUUGCCGCCUGUUUUCUGCCAGACAGCAGUCGGGCGGAUUACCACUAUGUCAUGGAAAAUCUUUUCCUAUAUGUAAUAAGUACUUUAGAGUUGAUGGUAGCUGAAGAUUAUAUGAUUGUGUACUUGAAUGGUGCAACCCCAAGACGGAAGAUGCCAGGGCUGGGCUGGAUGAAGAAAUGCUACCAGAUGAUUGACAGACGGUUGCGGAAGAAUUUGAAAUCAUUCAUCAUUGUUCAUCCAUCUUGGUUCAUCAGAACACUCCUUGCAGUGACACGACCUUUUAUAAGUUCAAAAUUCAGCAGUAAAAUUAAAUAUGUCAGCAGCUUAUCAGAGCUCAGUGGGCUGAUCCCAAUGGAUUGCAUCCAGAUUCCAGAGAGCAUCAUCAAACUGGAUGAAGAACUGAGGGAAGCAUCAGAAGCAACUAAAACUAGCUGCCUUUACAAUGAUCCAGAACUGUCUUCUAUGGAGAAGGAUCUUGACCUGAAGUUAAAAGAGAAGCCCUAGUUGGCCGUGGCAGGAAGAAGAGGAUGCCUUUCUGCUUCGUGGUUCUGUUGAGACAUAUCUGCCUGGAAGAGACAGGGCUGAUGGUACUUUUUUCCCCUUUGCACUACCUGGAGCCAUUCUAAGUUUCUAAGGGGAAAAACAGUAAGGGAAUUUGUUUACUCUUAACAUGUUUUAUGAAAUUGUGUGUGUUUUCCUAUUUUGCCAAUUAUGUGCCUCAAACAUUUUAGUUGAACCUUAGCAAGAAAGUAGGACCUUCCAUUUUCAUAUUUUGUUUACCCGUGGUACAGUGGUAUUUCAUCUCUUAGACUGGUAUUGACCAAUAAGGAAACUUCAAUUCACUGUUAAUUAUAAGUGGAUUUGCUUCCAUAGAUUAGCUCCGUGGUGAUUGUUUUAGGUUUAAAAUACACUGGGCUCAACUCUCCCUGGAAAUGUUGUCCCCAUGUAACUCCACUUUUAAAGUCCUAAACUUGUUUAACACAGCCAGAAACCAGAAAUGAGUGAAACCACCCACAACUAAGUAUUUGCUUGAUUCUUGUCCACAUGAAUGAAUUGUCUCUAACUUCUCAAUGGGAAGCCAGGCUUUCUAGUUCACAUCAAUUUUAUUUUAGUGAUCAAAUUGGGCAUCAUGUUUCCCGUGAAUUUGGUUUUUUUUAAAAAAGCAUUUUUCCAGUAAAUGUUGAAGACUUUUGUAUUGAGAAACUCAAGGAUCAUUGUCCACAUUUUUGGUGACUGUCUGUGCUUCAGGUCAUAAACUUAAUUCAAGAUGUUCUACUUUAAGUGCCAAGGACUUGAGGGUAAGCUGGCCCACUUAGAAAUUCAUUGUUUGGUACCAUUCAGUUAUCUGAAUUUCUCUCAUACCUUAUAAAAAGUAAUCUGCUUUGAAACACUGUAAUCUGAUACAGGUUUAAAAAUUAAAUAUGAGUAUGCACCAUCAUUUGCAAAAUAUUCUUUUAUAAUUUUUAUAUGUCCUUUAAAAUACCAAUGUGAUUUUGGAUCUAUGGGCCUCUUGCAGAAGAUGACUACCUCCCAGUGUAGCCAUCGCCUGUUUUCACCUGGCCUUCUAGUUAAGACUGGUUUUCACGUUUUCGGUUGAAAACAUUUUCUUACUAUUUUUAUGACACUUGAAAAUUAUUCAACUUUCAGUGUUCAUGCAUAAUGUUUUACUGAAACACGGCCACACAGAUUUAUUUAUGAACUCUCUGCAGCUACACUCAUACUGUAACCGUAGAGUUGAGUAGUUGCAAUGGACCCUGUAUCCUACAAGGCCCAAAACAUUUACAAUCUUUACAGAAAAGUUCACUGAGCCCUGCUCCAGCACAUACAUCCUUUGCCCCUCCCCCCCAUUUGUAUGUAGAUAUUCGUUUCUCUAACAGAAUGCACAAGGAAGACUUCAAAUGAGCUUACUCUUAAAAAAUAAAGUUUGGCAGAAAAGUUCAUGGCCAGCUGAAAAAGGCUGUGUUUACAUGCUCCUCGCUGAAGCCUGCUGAGAAGGUUUGGGGCUGUGUGCAGGUGUUGCGGAGGCCCUGGUCUCACUCUGGGAACUAUUCUUAGUCUCCAGCAUCACCUAUUACUAAUUAGCUAGCAAAAUAAACAUGAAGUGGAGAAUGGAGUUCCUCCAUAAUCUUAAGGUGGAAACUACAUCCAGGAGAGCUGUCCGUGACACUCUGAGCCCUGGGUAUCAUAAGCUUUGAAAUGCUGUGAAGUGGACUUUGCACAGGUGACUGAAUUUCACUGACGUCAUUUGCUUCACGUUGGUGUCCCUUCCAGAUAUGUUCUCAUACCUCCAUAAGCCAUAGUUCUGUGUUCCCCUCUGGGUUUCUCUCAGCUGAGUAUCUUAUUGAACUGUGCUCUUUGGGGUCUUCUCCCUCAUCACAUCGGCUUGGCUUAUAGGAAAACCCUAGAGCAUGCCUUCUCUCACAGCCCAGAGCCACCUUUGGAAGCCCAAAGUAUGCCUCUCCCAGAACUUAGUGUUGACAUAAGUACGGCGACCCGAUAUUCCGGUUUGUCCGCCGACUUACCAUUGUUGCCCUGGCAUAAUUAUUAAUGAUGCUUCCUUUUGCUCAGUUAUGUCCCAUUUUGGAAGAUGAAUUACAUGGUCUCCCUAGCCACAGGAAGUAAUGAAGAAUCCAGUGUUCAGCUUAAUGGUGAAGCCUGCGGACACAGAGUUGUUGAUAGAGGGCUUUUGUUAUAUUCAGCCAGAUGUAGCAACAAUCUCACCAUUCACAUUUUCUUUGAACUGGUCCAGCCUUCUCAUGGAAGACUACUCAGGUGGCAUUCUGUUUGAAGUUUAACCUUCCUACAUGGAAAUUACAAGCAUCUUUUCCAAUCAGUGAUUUUAUUUGGGCUGUUCUAUGGGCUGUAUAACCAUCCUGAUAGUUAAGCAUUUGCUACUUUAUUAUCUUAGAAAGACAAAUUAAUUUCAUUGCAUGUGCUAGAGAAAAGCCGCCAUGUAAAUUCAAUCCAAAUAAAUAGAAUCCUAGAAGAAUCCUGAAGGAUUAAUCCCUAAAGCAGAUAGGUAUGCAGAUGUAAACAUUCACAUCAUUAGCUAUCUAGAUCUUGCGUUCUGAGCAUUCUUGCUUUGGUUCUGACUUCUGGGAACUGUUUUGCACUGUUCUGCAGAUUUGUAGUUAAGGGAACCAAGGGGCAAAAAUAUUUACUUCCCAAAGUGGCAACUGCUCUUUGCUUAGCUCCUUGAUUAAGAGAAAGAACAAAAAUUCUCCCCCAGAUGAUACUGUCAAGGAGUGAGGGCAAUAGCUGGGUGUAGAAGAAAACUCUGAAGUUCCUAUUGAAGCCAUACAAUGAUUCAUGGGGUUAUCUUUUAAGACAUACUCCAAAAUGCGUGAGGAAGUCACUACUCCAAGCCUUUGUGUUAUUAAGAUCCAUUUUAAGUAUUCAUUUAUGGUACUGUGUUUGCAGCGCUCAUCUGAAUCACAAUGCCUCCGUAGUUUGCUCCCUUAAACACAUUUAUGUGUGCACAAAUUAAUAUUUUAUAUAUUUAAAAGGUUUUCUACCAUGUAUUGGAUUGCUCAGAGUAAAGUAUAUAUUAGACUUUGUUUAGAUAAAUAAUUAAAUAAAUUAUCCUUAAAUAGUAUGAAUUAAUAAUAUGUAACAACACUAUAUAUUUAGAGAGAGACUCUCUGUAUAACUGAGAAAUAAAAAUUGAUUCCACAA